AUGGAAAAAGUCAUCAAUAAAUCAGAUGGAAUUAACAAUAAGCGGUGGAAUCUGAGUAACCUUGAGGACGAUAACAUAAAACAAAGAUACCAGACAAGGCUCGAUGAGUAUUUGACAGCCAUCGAAGACAUCGAUACUGAAAGCAUGUAUGAAAAAAUUAAGGAAGCUUUACAGAACUCAGCCACUGAAGUAUUGGGAGAACUCUCAAGUCGAAAGAGCAAAGCAUUAUGGUGGAAUAAUGAAAUAGAAGAACUGGUAAAUCAGAAAAACAAAGCUUACUUAAAAUGGCUAACAACAAAAGAACAAAGAGAUAGGGAAUCAUAUCUGGAGGCGAAAAGUAAGACAAGAAGAAAAGUUAAUAAUGCGAAGAGAAGUAUGUGGGAUAGAAAAUGCAAGGAGAUUGGCUCCCUUUUGGGAGGUAGAAAGACAGCAGAAUCUUGGCGAUUCAUCAAUGCGCUGAAAAGUCCGAGCAAAAACUCAGCGAACAUUGACACAAUUCCCAUGAACAACUGGGUUACACAUUACAAACAACUUUUGACAGAAACAAGACAAGGAUUUCUGGCACCAAGUAUAUCAUCACACAUAGACAUUGAGGGUCCCGGAGGAGUACCCGCAGAGCUGAUCAAACAUGGUACACAUAAUCUAUUCCAGGCUGUUACAGAUUUGAUAAAUAAGUGCUUGAGCGGACAACCAGUACCCAAAGAAUGGAAAACAGCAUAUAUUUCGUCGAUAUACAAAAAGGGAGAUAAAAAUCAAUGCGCAAAUUAUAGAGGUAUAUCAGUGACUAGCACAUUUAGCAGAAUAUAUGGAAGAAUUCUACGAGACCUCAUUGAAAUUGAAUACAGCGCGGAAGAAGAAGAAGAGCAAUCAGGAUUUAGAGCGGGCAGAUCUUGUACAGACAAUUGUACCUCUGAAGAAACUUUGGGAAAUUCUACAAGAAACGAACAUCAACCAAACAUCCUAAUAACGGCACUCAAAAAUUUGUACACGGAUUCUACAUCGCGGAUCAAAUCGGGAAAGAAUCUCUCACAAGAAUUCACCGUGAAUAAGGGCUUGCGACAGGGAUGCUGCGUUUCACCUACUUUGUUCAAGGUGUAUGUAUCUAGAGCUCUUCGAAAGUGGAAGAAUAAAUGUGGGCCAAUGGAAAUAGAAUUGGAUGAUAAUAGCCACCUCUACUCCCUCCAGUUCGCGGAUGACCAAGUUAUAAUGGCCAAUGAUAAGGACGACCUGGAGUAUAUGGCCAGAAAACUCCAGGAGGAAUAA